AUGACUGAGAUUUGGAGACUUGGAGAAGAAAAACCAAGGCCUUCUAGCUACGCCGGAGAACUACUUCAGAGUCUAUGGAUUCUAUUACAAAAGAUCGAAUUAGACAAGAUUCUCCUUUUCGCGUUGGUAACAGUAGCACUAGCUGGCACCCUCCCAGAAAAAGUUAUCCCCAUCAUCAGCCAACAAUCUGAAGUUAGCAUUGACGGAGGAUACAGUUCUUCAUUCGAAACCGGCAACGGCAUCAGAUCUGAAGAACAGGGAACUUUAAAAAACGCUGGAACUCAAAAUGAAGCACAAGAAGUAGUUGGUAGAGUAGAAUACCAGUCACCCGAAGGCUUUCCAAUCUUCUUGGAAUAUAUCGCUAAUGAAUUUGGAUUCCAACCUAAAGGAGACCAUCUUCCAGUACCUCCCGUAGAUACUAACACUCCUCCACCAAUCCCACCAGCAAUUCUUAGGGCUUUAGAGUACAACGCUGCUCAUCCUGAAGAAGAUGAUUCUAUUCUUCUUUCCGCGUUGGUAACAGUAGCACUAGCAGGCACCCUCCCAGAAAAAGUUAUCCCCAUCAUCAGCCAACAAUCUGAAGUUGGCAUUGACGGACGAUACAGUUCUUCAUUCGAAACCGGCAACGGCAUCAGAUCUGAAGAACAGGGAACUUUAAAAAACGCUGGAACUCAAAAUGAAGCAGCAGAAGUAGUUGGUAGAAUAGGAUACCAGUCACCCGAAGGCUUUCCAAUAAUUUUGGAGUAUAUCGCUAAUGAAUUUGGAUUCCAACCUAAAGGAGACCAUCUUCCAGUACCUCCCGUAGAUACUAACACUCCUCCACCAAUCCCACCAGCAAUUCUAAGAUCCUUAGAGUACAACGCUGCUCAUCCUGAAGAAGAUGAUUCUCAGCAAUACCAGGCACAGGGCCAAUUCAGGCACUAG